UCUCAUAAAAAUGUUUGUUCAAUAAUUUCCUAGCAACAGCAUAGCCCUAAUGACACAAAGGGAUUUUGGUAAAAAUGAAUAUUAAAUACAAUGGAAUAUUGAAUAACUUUAAAUAAACUCGAACAUAAAUGAUGAAGCCAUACAAGAGAACCGAUAAGGUGUUCAGGAUUCAACUUCAGAACGCCAGCAGCUUCGGAAAAUCCAUACUGCUGUUGAAGGAAUUCAGCAAAGAUCUCCAAGCGUUGUGGCGACAUAGCUCAGCUUUUCCUACGUUCUUCAAACUCAUUGGAGUAUUCCUUCUCUGUCUGAUCGUUCUAGUACCACUAUGUUACCCAAUUUUCGUGGUUAUUACCACAUAUUUCACAUGCAAAGCUUUAUUUCUAAGCUUCUGGCUAGAUCAACAUUGGCGAUUGUUUCCCAAACAUGUUUUCAAUGACGCUAUUUCCUUGUUUCACCCAUCAUGUAAACCUCAGGAUGUGUGGAAGGUUCGAGAGGCUCUGAGCCGUGGUCUACUCGUCGUCUACUCCUUGGCUACCUCAGUAGACUAUCUAUUCGUAAUACAAAGUGUAUUAGACGGAUAGAUCAUAGAAUAUUAAAUACUUGACGGACAGAGUCAUAAAUACCUAUUAUGAAAAUUAGAUUAAAAUUUUCCAUUUCCA